AUGCUGCUGACUCAGACAGUGGACGAUAAGAUGCAGAGAAAGAAAUCUGCAGUAGUUACGGCUACUCUGCUGCUCUGCGCUGUGAAAGUGUUCGGAUCAGACGAUGUGGAGAAGACCUGCGUGUCCAAUCUGGAGGUGGAAUGCCUCCGGGUGGCUGAUUAUCUGAAUAGAACCGAUCCGGUCAUCUUCAAGCUGGCUGUUGGAAAGAAACUCGUCGUCUCUCUGGAGGGCCUCUCCGGUGCUCAUGACUGCUGCUGGAGAAGAGAAGGAGGCCCAGGACUGAAAAUAAAUGGGAGUGUCUCCACGGUCAUACCCCGACUUUCCGAGGCUGAUUCUGGAAACGACGCUCUGACCUGUGAAACUGAGAGGGGAACCAGCAUCACAAAAACUUUUGUUCUUCGUGUCACAAAACGCCCCAGUAAACCACAGCUGUCGCUUGGUGGUGUGAAAGAUACGAACAGAUCUCCUGAUUUUAAGUGCGUCUCUGAGGGCUCGCCAAAACCCAGAAUUGAAUGGUCUGGAAAUGUGAGAAAUACAGGAGAGAAUUCAGUAUCAAGCGCAGAUUAUUAUGACAAGAGUGUCAUGUGUUGUGCCACCAACACCGAAGGACAAGAAUGCACCCAGCUGCACGACUACUUGCGUGUUGAUUCGCGGGAAAAUGAGAAUUAUCUUACCGUAAGCCCCGGUGAGUCUUUAGUGCUGCGCUGCAGAGCAACAAGAGGUUCACCUUAUAAAUGGGAAAAGAAUGGGACAACCCUCCAACAGAACUUGGCACAAUGUGAAACUGAAAAUCUAAAGAUCAUGUGCAUUAAAACGGAUUAUCAUUACAAUACUGCUAUGGUGUACAUUUUCAUCACGUCUGUUUCUGUGGAACACAAUGGCACAUACACCUGCAAGAGCUCAAACAAAGCUAAAACUGUUCACGUCCUCGUCGAAGGUGAAAGCUUCCUCUCUGCAAAACUGGUUGACCAGAUUGUAACAACUCAGAACAGCUGUUUAACAGCAGAUGUGACCUACCACCCUGUUCUCCAGCUCUGCUACUGGGAAACUCCCGAUAAACAAAUGGUCCCAUGCAGCAGGGAGGAGUGGGUCACAAAGCACAGGGCUGUGAAGGUGUGUAAUUCACUCAGAUCAGGGGUUUAUAAGUUACACCUGGAAGCUGGAGGACAACGCGAAACAAAAAAUACAUUUGUUUGUGUUUUCGAGAAACCUACCUUCAAAUUUGGCAAAAUAGGCAAUUUGAUUUAUUGUGAGACUGUAUGUCCUGUGCCAGCAAACUUUACGUGGAGCUAUGAAGACAACUCCACAUGGAAAUUGAUUAAGGUGGAUGUUGAACAGGAUUCUGGUGACUUCUGCAACAAGAGUAUCACAAAGUACGUGGAACGAGACAAAGUGCUUAGCAACCGCUUGAAGUUUUGCUUGAUACUCACAGGAAAGAAUGUUGCACCAGGAAUAGACAGGUUCUGCGACACGUGGAAUUUUAUUUCUGAGUCACCUGCAUCUCUCAAGCUCAGCACAGGUGGUUCAGCGUCUAAUGACAACUUGGUGUUGCUGUUGAAAGUCGGCAGUUUCAUUCUGCUUCUGGCUUUGGGAGUAGUCAUGGUGGCGCUGAUUUAUUAUGUCAAAAAGAAGAAACCACAGUAUCAGCCUCAGCUUCAGAUGAUCCAGAUGGUUGGACCUAAUGACAAUGACUACAUCUACAUCAAUUUCAAAGACUUUGAGUAUGACAAGAAAUGGGAGUUUCCCAGAGAGAACCUGGAACUGGGAAAUGAACUGGGGUCUGGAGCUUUUGGCAUGGUUGUCCAUGCUACAGCUUAUGGUAUCAACAAUCCUGGAGUCUCACAGCAGGUGGCCGUCAAGAUGCUGAAAGAAAAGCACCAGUCCAUGGAGAAGGAGGCACUCAUGUCUGAACUCAAGAUGCUGACUCACAUUGGUCACCAUGUCAACAUUGUUAACCUCCUCGGUGCAUGUACUGAAACAGGACCCAUAUACUUGAUUUUCCAGUACUGUCGUCAUGGAGACCUGCUUAACUACCUGAAGAAGAACAGUGACCGCUAUCACAAGUGUGUGACGGAUGCUUUCAACAUGGACCGAUUCAUAAGUCUGUACCACAACCUGCAGCCCAAGAAAAACUCCAGUGAGCAAAUCACAGCAGUGGACAACUACGUUCCCAUGCACAGCUCCACCAUCAGAAGCCAGGAGGACAUCGCCCUCCUCACCUUCAACUCCAAUGACGUGGACAGCUUUGAAGACCCAGUAAUCAAUGAGUCUGAGGAUGAUCACACUGAAGACCUGCAGGCUCUCACCUUUGAUGACCUCCUCAGUUUUGCUCUCCAAGUGGCCAAGGGCAUGGAGUUUCUUUCCUCCAAGAAUUGUAUCCACCGGGACCUGGCAGCUCGAAAUGUGUUGGUGACGAAAGGCAGGCUGGUGAAAAUUGGUGACUUUGGUUUGGCCCGGGACAUUGACAACGACUCCAACUAUGUUGUGAGAGGAAAUGUGCGCUUGCCAGUUAAGUGGAUGGCACCAGAGAGCAUCUUUCAGGGAAUAUACACCAUGAAGAGUGACGUCUGGGCUUAUGGUAUUCUGCUCUGGGAGAUCUUCUCGCUUGGUGUCACUCCAUACCCAGGGAUGAAGGUGGACCAUACUUUCUAUGCAAUGAUCGAGAGAGGAUUUAAGAUGGAGUGUCCCUAUUACGCCGACGACUCUGUGUAUGAUAUAAUAUGCAAGUGUUGGGCCCUGAAUCCCUCCGAUCGCCCAUCUUUCUCCAAGUUGGUGUCCUUCAUGUGCGAUCAGCUGACAGACAGAGAGGAGAAGCUCUACCACAACAUGCUUGAACAGGAUUCCAACGAUUACCAGAACGCGUCAACCAUUCUGGACAUUUCCGCCAUGAUAAAACAAGGUGAAAACAAGAAGCCGGUCAUCAACGACUACUACAAAGUCAAGCUGCCUGCAGAACACAAAGCUGAUGUUUCCAACUCAGAGGUUGUGUUGGAUGAGAAGCUGCUGAUGCCGCCUGAUGCAGAGUAA